AUUCGCUGCGAAUAUGCGUUGUGGAUUCUCACUCGCUGCCCAUGCGCCUCAUCCUAAAAGCCACUUCCUAACCAUCUCCAGCUCCCCAGCUUGGCCAAGAAAAGAAGCAAGCUCAAUUCUUGAAACGAAGCGGAGAACAUAAUUGUAAUCACUCACUUAUCCGACUGGUCCUGAAUUUCGAGUUUGACAAAGUGCAACCAAUAAUGCGCCUUCCCACUGAAAGGAAGACGCAAAGUUGAAUGAAGGUCAAUAAUCAUCGAGCGUCGACACAGUAGACGAUGCGAGCACAUUAACAAAAGCUAUAAAAGUAUGGAAGAGACUACUUCGGAGGCUAGCUGCUCGCUCUCCAACCACACGAGGAGGUUAACAAUCUUGGAGCUGAGACCGACACCAAUGGUUCCCAGCUAGCGGCAACCAAAACAACAACACCCAUGCGACUGUACUCAUUACAUCCCACAGUCGGUCAGAGCUCAAGCGUAUGUUUGUUCCGUGCAAGGAUCACUCGGGAUCAUCUGGGUUGGGGUUCGGGUCCGAUGCGGUGGGGCUCGCAGACAUUAUGAUGAUUCAAGAGGCCGGUAGACACCGCCUCUUCGCGCAUCGUGGUCCACUCCGUCCAGCGGACCAUCCUCCGGUGGAUUGGACAGCACGAGGGAAUGGUAAACAAAUGAAACGGCCCCCUGUUCUGCGCGGAGCAAAGAGGAGAGGAAGAAGCACAUUUGAUCUCCGCGGAUGGCAAGCGUGAAAAGCCGCAGUUAGUGCUGGCUCCUUUAGAGUGCAGAUCGCUGCUGUGGUGCCGUCGAACGAAUGCUUCGAUGAUUCAUUGUCGUCUUGUGGAAGCGUGGGACUGGAUCUGGUAACGCUUUGCCGUUCAUUGGCCCCGGAAUUCUUGAUCCGCUCUCGAUGGCUGGAAUUGCAACAACGCCGUGUGCUCGUCGAUCAGGUGGUCGGCGCGGUUUCGACGUUCGUCGCUACUGAUUCUGGUGGCUGUCUUUCAGCAAUCCGAAAGCCCUUCUUCCCCCGGCUCUGCUCCUGAACCUUCAGAGGGCUGAUACACGACAUUGUGUAUUUCAGAGCUGUUGCUAGACGAGCAGCGCCGUUCGUGGUUAGGGAUUAAUCGAAGUGUAGCAGAAGAUGGUAUGGAAACGCAUUCUCACAGGUUCAGCUGGUGCGGUCAACGUUCGUCACCUCUCUCUUUGAUGACCCGCCCAGUGACAAAAUCGCUGCUCGCAUUUAGCCAUCGCCAUCGUCUUCUUGUGCAGUGGCUAUCUGGGAGACUUCCUCGGGCACAUCUUGAGUCUCAAGGGGAGGUUAGUAACAGAGGCUUUCUAUGGAAUACCUAGAUCAUGGAUACAAGGAGGAGAUUAAGGUGAAGGGACCCAGUCGUCAAAGGACGGAGGAGGACUGCAGCAAGCACAUACCUGAUUUGCCUCCUGAAAUUGUUUGGAAGGUUCUGGCAAAGCUGCCAGUUCUGAGCCUCAUGCGCUGUCGGGAGGUCUGCAAACAGUGGAAAUCCACGAUCGAGGCUCCUCCCUUAGCUCUCCUCUGCGAGUCUAGCAAACCUGUGCUCCUCUAUCAUCAUCCUGGUCACAAUCCCCCAGGGGACCAGUUUAACUUGCAAUGGAAAGAGGUUGCGAGAUUCAAUAAGUGGCAUUUAAAAUUCCACAAUACGGUAACGAAUGAAUGGGAGGAAGCGCCCAUCCCCUUCACCGUGAAGGACAACGUCGAGGCUGAUACCUUAGUAGCUGCAGAUGGUGGUCUUCUGUGUUUUAGCAGCCGAAGAGCGCCAGACUGCUUUGUCGUGUACAACCCACUGUCCGAGCAGUUGAGAGGGAUAAGGCUGCCCAUAGACCUGCUACCGACACUUCCCAAGGGGGCAAUAUAUGAGACUCCCUUUGAGUACAUCUUGUUCGGGAUGGUGGUGGAUCGACAGUCUGGAAACUACAAAGUGGUGGUAUCAGGUAUACGAGAGGAUGUGCCACAACCAACCCUUAUAUAUGAUUCUGAGCUAGGAUUGUGGAAGGUGUGUCCAGGACUGCCAAAAUUGAAAAACUACCUCGAAGAAUCCGGAGUCAAACUAAAGAAAGGAGAGUGGAGAUGCAGGAAAAGGGGUGUUCAGUGUGCAGAUAACCUAUACUGGUUCAUCCACUACGAGAGGCAUAGAAGUCCUAAAGUCAAUGGGGCGCUGCUGAGAUUCAACGUCUUGUUGGAGACUUGGGAUGUUCUGCAGGAGUCGGGCUUAUCUGAUUACUCUCCCGAGUUUCACAUGGUUGGAUACAUGGGGGAAGUUAUUUUGUGUGAUUGGACCGAUGAAGAUUGUCACGAAGCGAUGGGCAACCUUGAGAUCGAGGACUUGGGAGCUGAGAUCAGACUCAUGGAUGAAGAUCUGGUUGACCUCUACCAUAACUUGGAGCCGGAGAGUUACUGGAAAGAGUUUUUCCCAUUUAGGUGCCUUGUGGAAGGUGACAACUUCUACAUCGUUCACAGGCAUCAGAUGGCUUAUGACAUCUCCUCGAGAGUGCUUGUGUACAAGCCCAAUGAAAUGGAUGACGAUAAGAGAUUCACAUGGUUACCAGAAUGGCAGGACCUGAGUGAUGAAAAUCAACUGUGGACUUUUACACCAACUCUGAGAGCGUUUGUAUAGAUUCGCCCGACUUUUUUCUUCAUAGGCUGUUUCUGCAUACAGGAGCGUCUGUUGACAUUAUACUGAAAACCUUUUCUUAUAGCAGUGAUCACACUGACGAACUCUACUUCCAGUUCUCAUGUGGAGACUUGAUAUCAUUCUUGUAUGUGUACGUAGACCGUCUUAUCAAAGAGUGGGAACUGCAUCUUCUCAACUUGAGAAGAGUCCGUAUUAUGCACAGGUUUUAGAUGUGAACGUUUUGCUCAUACUCUCUUUACAAGCAUGAGCUUCCUAUGAGAUGACUAGAUACCUUGAUCACUUUUGAGACCUAAGUGAUCAUUGGAAUUGCAGUGGAAGGCUGAAAAUCAACGAAAUGGAUCGGAGUGUGGUUUUUUCCUUACCAGAAGAGUAUGUUGUCCAUCAAGUGACAGAUAGCAGUCUGAAUAAUCAGUCUGCUGUCAGAGGAUCAUGAAAGUAGGCAGGCACUCACGAACCGUUCAAUUUCCGUGUAUGCUUUCGAACUGAGAAACCUCCGACUGCACUUAAGAACAAGGGCGGGUCAGUAGCAACAAUCGUAAUUCUCGAUUCUGUUCUCUCAGUCACAAUAUCUUCAUGAUAUUUCAUGGUGCGAGACGUGGACAAAUUCGAGGUAUAUACAGG